AUAAAUGCAAAAAGUGCUUAAGGUGUUGCAAACAGCCGAAGAGCCGAACGAAAUCCUUUGAAUCCUUCGUCGUUUGCUGCUGAUGUUUAUUUAACACAGUUCCUCGUGCCACAGCAGGCAGUUAGUUCGUGUCUGCCACUCGUAACGGAACAUUGACGCACACUUCCGAGUCCCCUCAGUGAAAUGUGAAUUAAAGGAAAAGCCGCGUAAACUUACUUGAUCCCUGAGAAUACAAAAAAUUGUGAACAAAUGUCGUCGCUCAAUGAUAAGGCAAAACAAGCUCAAUACUAUUAGUUACAUAUCUCUAAUAUAAACCGCGCGUGUUGAGAAUACUUUAAGAGAGUACAAGCCAAAAAAAAAGGAAAACUCAACGGAAAAGGAUCUGGGAAUUUAUUAACAAUUAUGUUUUGCUCUAUGGCAAGACGCCUUAGGGCCACCUUGCUUUUACUGCUUGGCUGCCAAAUCAUUUACCAUGUGGAUUAUGCUCAAGCGGAUUACGAAAACACUUGGAAUUUAUAUUAUGAGCCACCCUGUUGCACAGGAGCAGCUGCUACUGCCCAUCAUUUAAGGCAUCAUAAAGAACAUGUCAAGGACUUUAGCUGCGGCCCAUUGCAUUAUAAAACUUUCUAUAUGGAUGAGCGUAACAAUGCGCUUUAUGUGGGUGCCAUGGAUCGCAUAUUUCGACUGAAUCUGCGUAAUAUAAGUCAAUCGAUUUGUGAGCGCGAUGUUUUGAUAUUGGAACCCACUGGCUCUGAUAUACUCAAUUGUGUGUCUAAGGGCAAAAGAGAGAAGGUGGAAUGCCGCAAUCACAUACGUGUUAUCCAGCCGAUGAAUUUCAAUGGUCAACGACUUUAUGUGUGUGGAACCAAUGCCCACAAUCCCAAGGACUAUGUGAUAAAUGCAAACUUAACACAUUUACCCAGAUCCCAGUACGUGCCUGGCAUUGGUCUGGGUAUUGGCAAGUGUCCCUACGAUCCUGCUGACAACUCAACCGCUGUCUAUGUGGAAAACGGAAAUCCCUUUGGUUUGCCUGCCCUGUAUGCUGGCACCAAUGCCGAAUUCACCAAAGCUGAUUCGGUUAUAUUCCGCUCGGAUUUGUACAACUUGACAAAUGGCCGCAAGGAGGCCAAUUUUAAGCGCACCGUUAAAUAUGACUCCAAAUUACUAGAUAAACCAAACUUUGUGGGCUCUUUUGAUAUUGGUGACUAUGUUUACUUCUUCUUUCGCGAACAUGCCGUGGAGUAUAUCAAUUGCGGCAAAGCUGUUUAUUCCCGUGUGGCACGUGUUUGUAAAAAUGACCGCGGUGGCAAAUACAUGAUCAGCCAGAAUUGGGCCACCUAUUUGAAGGCACGCAUGAAUUGCAGCAUAUCAAGCGAAUUCCCAUUCUAUUUCAAUGAAAUACAAUCAGUAUACAAAAUGCCCAACGAUGAUACAAAAUUCUAUGCAACAUUUACAACGAAUACAAAUGGACUGAUUGGUUCCGCUGUAUGCAGUUACGAUAUACGAGAUAUCAAUGCAGCCUUCGAAGGCAAAUUCAAGGAACAAGCCACAUCGAAUAGCGCCUGGCUGCCCGUACUGAACUCUAAAGUGCCGGAGCCACGUCCGGGUACAUGCCACAAUGAUACCGCCACACUGCCGGAUUCGGUGUUGAAUUUCAUACGUAAACAUCCGCUAAUGGAUAAGGCGGUCGAUCAUGAAUUUGGCAAUCCGGUCUUCUUUAAACGCGACAUUAUACUGACCCGUCUGGUGGUGGACAAGAUACGCAUUGAUAAACUAAACCAAGAGUUUCUUGUCUACUUUGUAUCAACGAGUAUGGGACAAAUCUAUAAAAUUGUACAAUUCAUGCACUAUGGCGAAAGACAUUCGAAUUUGGUUGACAUAUUCGAAGCCUCAAAUCAUAAUGAGCCCAUACGUGAGAUGACAUUGAGUCAGAAAACCGGCUCCCUGUACAUUGCCACCGAUCAUCAGGUGAAACAAAUUGAUAUAGCCAUGUGUGCACGACGUUAUGACAGCUGCUUCCGCUGUGUGGCGGAUCCAUAUUGCGGUUGGGACAAGGAAGUCAAUGCCUGUCGGCCAUAUCAACUUGGACUCUUGCAAGAUGUGGCCAAUGAGACUUCGGGUAUAUGUGACACGAGUGUGUUGCGUAAACGUGUUACCUCAUCGUAUGGCCAAACGUUGCAUCUAUCAUGUUUUGUCAAGAUGCCCGAAGUGUUGCGUAAAAAGCAAACACGUUGGUAUCAUCAUUCCACCGAGAAGGGACGCUAUGAGGUACGCUAUACACCCACCAAAUACAUUGAGACCAAUGAGGGCGGCCUUGUCUUGUUGGCUGUAAAUGAGGGCGAUGGCGGACGCUAUGAUAGCUACCUGGAUGGUACUCUUCUUUGCAGCUAUGGCGUUACAGUGGAUGCUCACAGAUGUUCGCCGCCCUCACAAAAGCAGGACUAUCAAAAGAUCUACUCACAUUGGUGCAAUGAGUUUGAGAAAUAUAAAUCGGCCAUGAAGCAAUGGCAGGCCAAACAGGAGCAAUGCGGUCUGAAGGAUAAUAAAAAUGGUCCUCUUAGUCCCAAUGGCAAGCAUGUCAAUGAUGUCUUCAGUAACGAUGCCUUGGUCUGACCUCGAAAGUACUUGUACAGCUUUGAGUUCUUGUCGGCGGGGGGCAUGAGUCUCCAUUCUUAUUGCUGCUGCUAUUAUCAGCAAUUGUAUAUUUAUGUGUUUGUUGUGCUUACCAUUUUGACUAGCUUCUAAAGUUUCUAGUUCAAAAAAGCAUUAACAAGAGGAGCCGAGCAUUCAACUACAAAGACUGAAAUUUUUUAAGCUUUUUAACGGACAAUAUUUCCCAAAAUAUAUAAUUUCAUUUGUUUAUUGUCGAUUUUUUUUUAUUUUUUACAAAAAUUCAAACGAUACACCAACAAGUUUUUGGUCAUGCUUUUGCGUUAAUACUAAACCACUCAUUCACUCACACAUACAUAUAUAUGUACACAAAUAUAUAAUUUAAUUUCCAUUCAAUCAACUAUAUAAACAAAAGUGUAGAAGCGAAAAUUUAACGAUAAAAGUUACUAUCAAAAGGAUCCUGCCACAACUGAAGCAAAAACAAAAAAAUGGAAAAAAUACGGUUUUACAACAUAAAAACAAAACACAACAAAAAAAAAAAGAACAGAGAAUCUCUAUUUCUAUGCCUAAGCAAAAACAAACAAAAAAAAAAAAUACAAAACAAAAUGAAGAUAAACGAAAAGUAAAUUCAAUAACCACCUAAAUGAGAUCGAUGAAAUCGAUCGAUCGAUCGAAAUCGUAUAUAUUAUUUAGGCUUUUCUUAUAUUUUGCAUUUCGUAAAACGCUUGGCCAUUUGAUUUAUGUGGGGAAAAUAAUGAAGGAGAUGAGAUCUUAAACGAAUUUGUAUUAUAAACUAGCAAUAUUUGUUUAAUUAAACUAGUAAUACAAAUAGUUAUAUAUAUAUAUAUACAAAAAUAUAUAAAGCUACUCAAAUAUAGUUGUAUGGAACCAAAAUUUAAUUAAAAGUCAAAGAAAAAACAAAAAAAAAAUAGAUAAAAAAUCAAAGCGCACAUUAUAAGCAACAUUUUUGACAACUUUACAACAUGUGAAAGUAUUUUUCAAAAUUUUCAAAAUCCUUUGGGCAUUCUGAAACCAUAAAAUCUUUACUUAGAUUUCAUUUUGAACUGUUUCUGACCUUAGAUUAGUUUGUGGUCUUAAAGAAAUGGGAUUUUCCUUUUUCCUGAAUAGGCUUUACCUUUUCGGCAUAACACUUUAUUUUCUUAAUACAUAGUCUGUCCGUUUCUUUGUUGAGCCAAUUAAUUGUCUGUCUGCUAAGUUCGUCUGUUUAUCUAACCGUCAAUACACAUAUUCAAGUCUCUGGGUCUCUGUAUUCUAGUCGGUCCGCCUAUCUAAACUAUCAAGUGGCUUCACUUUUAAGUUCUGAAUUUCUUUAUGGUAUUGGGACUUUUAGGAUAAACUCCUUGAAAAUGUAUGUGAAUGGGGCUCCACUUUCAAGGGAUAGAAACAAAGAUAUUUAUAAAUUGAGAUCCAAAAUUAUCAAGACCGAAUUUUGGCUUAAAGUUAUAGCUAGAACUGAGGCUACUUCAAAGCCGUUCAAAGUAAACUCUUUGAUUCUUAUUUUUCAUUCUUUAAACAGAAUAUCUUUCCAAAUUCCGUAACUACCCGCUUCGCUUUUUUCAUGUUGUACAGUUAAAUUGUAUAUAGAACGAAAUUUUUAGCUCUAAGUUUAACGAUUAAUGAAAUCUUUUCGUUUUUAGCUUUUGUAUUGUGUAUUUUUUUUCGGUUUAUGUUUUUUUAUUGGCUAAAGCAGCUACGCAUAUUGUAUAGAUUGUGUGCGUUUUAUUGGCCUAAUGUUACGAUAAGCAAUAUAAAUAUAUAUGCAUUAUAUAUACAUGUAUGUGUGUAUGUAUGUAUACAUAUAACUACAUAAAGUUACUGCAUUUGAGACCAACAUGCUCAUCUAAAGAAAAAAAAAACAAAUAAAAAGUAAACUUAAAUUGAAUUAAAUUUAAAAUCUUAAAAUUAACCGAUUUAGCUUAGUUAGUUAGUGUUAAGUUGGUGUGGCAAAAUACAUUUUUAGUAAUGUUAAAGCAGAAUACAGAAAAACGAACAUAAAAACCUAAAGCAUUUAAUAUUCCAAAAUAAUCUCAUAUAAAUACUGCCAUUAAGAAACAAGAAAAAAAGAAAAGAAUGGAAAAAAAAAAAUGAAAAG